AACGGGUAAGCGUAAUAUGUUUACGCGUCGCAUCUGAUCACAGUCUUUCAUAAAAUAUUAAAAAAAGAAUAUGAAAAGACUCUGUUUUAGUCUGUUAAAGGAUAAAUAAACGAGAAAAAUAAAAAUACUAAUAAAUAAAUAAACAGAUCCAUAGUGGUGGAUUAAGCUCUGUGUUUGCGGUGUAUCAUUGCCGGUUAACGCUCAUAAUUUCAGGAUUUUAGGAUAUUAGAAGCAGUUCGAUUAGUGCAUUAAUUAAGUGGAUAGAGGUAGUUAUUUUUUUCUCUUUUUAUGGAAAUGGAGGAACUAAUUAGACUCCCUGAUCCUAGCAAUUCUGGAGAUAGCCGUGAGAGUGGUGAACUUCAUAACCCGGAAUCUGUGCCUGGAGAAGCCAGUUCUCCGCCUAAGGUUGGAGAAGACAUGAGAGACGGGGAUGAAUGUAAUUCAGGGAUCAAAGGAGUUGAUUUUAUUGGAGCUCAAACAGGCAUGCCUGAACCGGAUAAUUUGGAGUUAAAUGAAAAUGGUGUUGGAACUGAAGAGGUUAUGAAAGAAACAGAGAGUUUUGAAUUCAAUGAAGAAAAUAUUGAACCCGAAGAAGGUGAAGUAGAUGGAGAUAACUUGGUUAUGGAUAAAGGUGAUAUUAGAAAUGAAAAUACUCAGUUUUCGGUGGAAACAGAGGUUGACAUGGAUUUGGUUGAUUCACCUAUCAGGCAAGUAAAUAUUGAAGUUGCUGAGACCGUUGCAGUUUCUGGGAACUUGAGUAGCUUUGGUUUUACAUUGAAUGCUCAGAGUGAUGCCCUUGAUACCCAGAAGGGAAGCAUUAUCCAUGAACACUCGAGAAACGGGGCUUCUGUAUCAGGUGUUAAGAGAGCAAGAGUUACGUAUGAUGAACAACAACCUUCGGUACAUGUUGCUUUUAACUCUUUAACAAGAACUAGCAAACGAAAGUUGGAGGAACUAUUACAGCAGUGGUCAGAGUGGCAUGUAAAACGUGGUUCAUCAUCUCAAGACUUGGAUGAAGAGCUAGAGUCUGGUGAAGAAACAUACUUCCCUGCUCUCUGUGUUGGCACCGAUAAAUCCUCUACAGUGUCAUUUUGGAUAGAGAACCAAACGAACAAACAACCGAGUACUGACUUUAUUCCUUCGAAUUGUGACUCUGUGCCUCUUUAUGAUCGCGGGUUUGCCUUUGGUUUGACUUCAAGCGAGGGCCCAAGUAAUGCUGAAGGAGGGCUGGAAAUAGUGAACGAAGCUGCUCGUUGUUUUAACUGUGGCUCGUAUAGUCAUUCUAUGAAAGAGUGUCGCAAGCCUCGUAAUAAUGCUGCUGUUAAUAAUGCUCGAAAACAGCAUAAGUCCAAAAGGAAUCAGAAUGCUGGAUCGCGUAAUGCAACUCGUUAUUAUCAAAAUUCUUCUGGUGGAAAAUAUGAUGGCUUAAAGCCAGGCUCUCUGGAUGCUGAAACAAGGAAACUCUUGGGUCUCAGGGAGCUUGAUCCACCUCCUUGGCUUUACAGAAUGCGGGAACUGGGUUAUCCGCCAGGAUAUCUAGAUCCAGAUGGUGAGGAUCAACCAUCAGGAAUUACAAUAUUUGCUGAUGAGGAUGUCAAGGAAGAACACGAGGAUGGAGAAAUAACUCAAACGGACAAUCCUGAACCACCAAGGAAAAUGACCGUUGAAUUUCCGGGAAUGAACGCUCUAAUCCCUGAAAAUGCUGAUGAAAGAAUUUGGGCUCUCGGGGCUGUAAGUCAUAAUUCAGCCAGGAGCAGACCAGUACGUAGAUCAAACCAUUCUGCACAACCUAGUAGCAGAUGGCAUCACAAUGAACAAAGAGAGACCCGGGAUUCUUUUGAUGACAACCCUCCAGCUCCCGGUGUCGAUCCAGUAUUCAGUUCAUCUAGUUACCCUCCAAGGCAUGGUACUUAUGAUUCUAGUUACAGUUUUGAUAGCCCUAAAGUUUCAGGGCGCUCCCUUUCUCGAUCACAUACUGAAACAGGAAGGUGGAACCCAUUGGAAUAUGAAGAUUAUGCAAUUCACGGUUCAUAUUCACGAGGCGAUGGCUCAGACAGAUUGGAGAGAGAGACUGAUAAGGAGCCGAAUGACUAUUCACUGGAGUAUUCACACCGUAAUGAUGAGCGUGAGCAUGACCACCGUGAUCGUGACCGUGACCGUGACCGAAACCGUCAUUGGAGUCGUAGUUGGAGGUGAAUGGCAUUAUACAUUAUUGUAACAUUAUUGGGAAAUUCUUUUUUGGCCAAAAAGCUGUUGUAUAAAUAAUUAGAUGAGUUUUUUUGUAGCUUAAAUGGUUUCUAGGGAUUCUCCGGCUGUACGGAAAUAUUUGGACACAGUUGCUAAAAUCCACUUGCUACUUUUAUGAUUGCA